ACGGACAAAAAUCAUAUAAUCGCCGCUAUUCAUUAUCAAAAAGGACACAUAGAAACGUUCCAUGGAUCUCCGAGCAAAGUCACUUCACCAAUUGAACAUAACGAUAUUUCAGAACCAAUAAUCAAAGGUGUCAAUAACAAGGUGGACGAUUUAAGCGCUCGAAUGAGCGACAUAUAUAAUCAGCUCCCCAACUUUUGA